AUGAAUGUUCUGUCUAAUCAUUUAAUGUGGCUGCAAAAGAAGUCUUUAGCUAUCACCCUAAAUGCAAGAGGAUUGGUCUCACCCCUUUGUUUCGCGGAUGACCUCCUCAUUUUCUGCAAGAGUUCCAUUGACUCUGUUAUGGGAGUACAGGCUGUGCUAGAUCAGUUCUACUCCAUGUCAGGGUUGAAGCUGAAUGUCAGUAAGUGUGAGAUGUAUGUUGCUAGUAUUUCUGGUGAGCAAGUCAACACCAUCAAGGAAAUUAUUGGUUUCAAAUUAGGUAGCCUCCCAGUCAUAUAUUUGGGAGUCCCAUUGGUUACCAGGAAGGUGACUGUGAAAGACUGCCAAAGUCUCAUAGACAAACUUAGGACAAAGCUAAGUUUAUGGGCCAAUAAGCACCUUAGCUUUGCAGGAAGGCUGCAGCUCAUACUGCCUCAAGCUAUUACUAGAAAAGUUGAGCAACUGUGUUCCCGAUUCUUUUGGAAAGGGACUGAUGCCCCUGCUAAAGGUACUAGAGUUAGUUGGAAGAUUGUUUGCCUGCUGAAAUUUGAAGGUGGAUUGAGGAUAAACGAUAUUCGUGAUCUCAGUACGAGGUAUAUGGGAAGAACUCUGCACCUCUGCCCCAAGGUUACUUGGCACCAUUUGGUCUGGUUCUCUGGACGUAUCCCCAAGCACAACAUUAUUGAAUGGAUGGCCAUACUGAACAGAUUGCCUACUCGGAGGCAAGAGAUCACCACUUCUUUGAAUACUGAUUUGCUAAGGAACUGGGGUUCCAUUCUUGAACUGUGUUGCAUCUCUCGUGGAGAUAGCAGCUGGGAUGGUGAACUGGGGUUCUACUACUCAAGGGUAAAUCUCUCAUCGUGA